CCUACCGUCAGACAUCGUAGCAUAGAGUGUGCUGUAUUAAUAUAGGAUCGAGACAGAAACAAGUUGGUGACGGUGGUGGCGGAAGACGGUGCAGGUCUUCUCGAGUAAUAUACGCGUACGCAUCUCGGAUCUCUGCACGUAAUGUCAAUAUACGGAAAGAUCGUUUCUACAUAACAUCUAUUGAGAUGACCUUAACAGAUACGUUGAAAAAUAAAGGGCCACCAGAAUGGAUCGAAGAAGAUCAGAUCGUAUCAGUUCAAGGAUAUGUAGGUGAAGAUAUUAUUAUCGAACUGAAAUUGGCUUUAUCCGAAAAUUACGAUGACUUACGAUUCGAACUAAUACGAGAUGGAUUACCAAUUUCAUCAGAUCGUUAUCAAUUAUCAAUGCGAGGCAAUAUCGUUCAAUUGACCUUGAAGCAAUCGCGUAAAAAUGACACUGGUUAUUAUUCUCUCGUAGCAACGAGACUCGGACAAGAAAACGAUAAAGGAGCUUUAAAGAAAUUUGAUUUGAGCAUCAGUGAACCAAGUUACGAAGAGGACGAUCCUCCUGUCUUCUUGAGAAGAUUGAGCGAUCUCGCGGUAAAAGUCGGCACUCGAACUAGAUUUCUUGUAGAAAUUCGAAGUUCAACUACUUUGAAGAUAAUUUGGUAUAAAGAUGCUUCGCCUAUUCACAAUGGACCUAGAUUCUCUCUCGUUCAUGAAGGAAAUUUUCAUUGUGUUGAUGUCGCCCCAGUCACAGUUGACGAUCAAGGAUGCUGGACUUGCAUGGCAGAGAAUCGUAGUGGAAGAUCCUCAUGUACAUCUACUCUCACCGUCAUUGUUCCCAAGGCUUACAAAAAGCCAGAAUUUGUUGAAGAACUCCGCGCGCUGCUCACUGAGACAGGUACCGUGUCGUUGGAAUGUAAAGUAAUCGGUGUGCCUACGCCAGUAUUGAGAUGGUUUAAAGACAAUAAGGAAAUCAAAGCCGGUGAUGUUUUUGCUUUGACUGCUAAUCCCGAUGAUCCAACAUCUCUCGGUGUUUAUACAUGUGAGGCGGUCAAUUGCAUGGGAACGGCCUAUUCUUCCUCAAAAGUUCACGUAGUUGGAAGAGGAAGCCGAGAAGGUUCAUUGAAACCGGCAGAUGCUUUGGCACCAUCCGGACCUCUUCCGAUUGGAGACACUAUAGUAUUAUCUUGUCGUGUUCAAGUACCACCCUGGCCGAAAGCGAUCGCCUGGUACAAUAAAGAAGGCCGCAUUGAGCCUAGCGAAAAGUAUCAUAUAAUGGAGGAUGGCAUAGGAGGAUAUUCAAUUGAAAUAAAACAAGUAGAAGCCAUGGACGAGGGUGAAUGGAAAUGCGUCGUUACCAGCGAAGACAAUAUAAAGCAAUUUACGAGUUGCUAUGUAGCAAUGUCUAUACCAAGAAACUACAGGAAACCCCGCUUUAUGGAGAAUCUGAAAGCAAUCUUGACGGAAGAAGGUCUUGUCUCAUUCGAAUGCAAAGUUGUAGGUUUCCCAACGCCAUUGCUGAGAUGGUUUAAAGACGGUCAAGAACUUAAACCAGGAGACGUUUAUCAAUUAACCGGGACUAAUUCAUUAGGUUCUUAUUGCUGUAUCGCGAAAAAUUGCAUGGGCGAAGCUAAGAGUAUCGCAGAAUUAACUAUCGAAGAUAUACAGAAUCAAUUAAACGAAGAAGAACGUUUCCAACUUUUGAGCACUAAUCAACCACCAAAGUUUAUAAAAGGCCUCAGAAGUUGUGAAGCAAAAAUAAAUGAAAAUUUUCGCUUUACAGUACAAGUAAGCAUAGCACCGGAACCAAUUCUUUCUUGGUACAGAGAUGAUGCAAUAAUGGACGAAUCUGACAAAUAUCAGAUAGCAAAAGAGAAUCUUGGCAAAUGCCAUUUUGAAGUGCGAAAUCUCGAAUUUAUUGAUCAAGCUGAGUGGAAGUGCGUAGCGGCAAAUGAUUUCGGUCAUAGUGUCACUUCUUGUUUUUUGAAACUAAUUAUUCCUAAGCAUUACAAAAAACCAAAAUUUCUCGAGAAUCUACGCGCGAUCUUAUCAGAAGAAGGCGCUGUAAAUUUAGAGUGCAAAGUUAUCGGCGUUCCACAGCCAGUUUUAAAAUGGUACAAAGACAAUGUUGAACUCAAACCCGGUGAUAUACACCGAAUUAUUUCCGGACAAGAUGGUACUUGCUGCUUAGGAAUAUAUACUUGUGAAGCUAUCAAUUGCAUGGGAACAGUCAGUAGUUCCGCAUCUUUACUAGGAUUCGAAGAUAAAAAAGAUACAAAAGAAAUCCAGUCAUCAAAUGAUCAUGAAUUAGCGAGAAACUUGUCGUUGUCAACGAUACAUGAAGAGCGAACGUCUCAAUUGUAUGACACACCGCAAACGGAUCAUUCCGUUACUUUGGAUGAGCGGGGCGAGGUAUCUUUUAGCUUUGAUGGCAAAGAAGUAUCAGUCAGUCUGUACGAAACACCUGAUCUUACUGAGGAAGAGGCACUACAGAUUGUUGAAAUGUACGCCGAUCAGCUAUCUGAGCAUGUUACAGAACACAAUGUGAUUGAGUUACCACCAAUGAGAUUUGUCAAAGAAACAUCUACGACCAGUAAUUUGUUAAUGGAAGCUGUAGUAAUCGAUGUAUCUCCUGAUUAUUUUGUUAGCGCGGAAGACAAUGAUGAUUUACGAACAGAAGCUGAUUUCGAAGAUGUCUCCAUUAUGGAUGAUAUGACGCGUGCCCUUUCAUCACCUGAGCGCGAUUCCCGAAGUUCCUUGAAAAGAUCAGCUCGAUAUAAUGCGGAUGAAGACGAAAAAGUUCCUAAUAGACCACCUAGGAAAAAAUCAAUGAGUUUAUCAUUAUCGAAAAGCGAAAAAAGCCAACGCAUAGAAUCUGAAAGCUUUCAUAGCGCACAGAAAGACGAGCCGCCGUUGUCUCCGCUUUCAUCUUUGAAGCAGGAUGACAGCGACACUUUUGCGGACGCCUUAUCCUCUGCACAUCUCUCCAUCACAGAGAGUCUUGUCCUGAAACAGAUGACAUUGGAACAUGGAAUAAUAGAUAACAGAAAACGCAGCUUGAGCGCAGGAAGAUCAACUGGUUCCAGUCUAGACGAUGGUAUCGGUGGUGAUUCCUCUUUUGAUUCAAUGAUCGGUGUUCCUAAAAAAAAGCAACGAAAAAAGAAGCAACAGAAGGACAAAAAUAAUUCUGAAAAAUAUUCCGGCUCCGGUGAUUACGAGCGUGAGAGAAGUGAAUCGGAAGAUAAAGUUGAUAUGAAGAUAAAACAUCAAUUUACGGAACCAAUUGAAAAAAUAGAAAUAGAUAACAGAAACGGUACCGAAGCAAUAAAAGAAUUAUUUACUAAAGAAAAAUUGUUAGAUAAUUUUAAAAAUGUAAAGGAAAUCAGCAGCCAUGUCUCAGAAGAGAAUCAAGAAUCGACACAAGAUACUCUUUUUGAGUCAAGAAUAGCUCUACGCAACUCUUUGAAGCUUUUAUGUGAAAAACUAUUUGAUACAUCACAAUUUUUAAAUAUUCAUAAGCAGAUUGACGACAUAUGUCAAUUAUUAGAAGAUUCAAGAAGAGUAAGUGCGGACAUUGAAACCUUGACUAAUCUGGAAAUACCUCUGCGUGCAUUAUUACAAGAAAUUAAUGAAAUUACACCAACAGAACAUAUAGAAAUCAUUUGCGAAAUUCUCGAACCAUUUAUCACUCAAUUGUCACAUGUUAUUGAAAAUUUCGGAUUAUUAUCUUUACAACCGACGCUUACAAUUUUAAAAAAAUUUCGCGAUCCCAUUUGUAACAUUCCUAGAACAAAAGAAUUAUCAUCGCUAAAAUCAAUCUCCGAUGUGUCUCAAAAUAUAUCUGAAGAAAUUACAGAGUCAUUAAUCAAUAUUCAAUCAACAUUUAAUAGAAUUUUAGAUUGUAUUGAACCUUCGAAACUUACGAUGAAUGGAUCUAGCAGUCCACAACAAGUUGUGACAGCAUCGAGUCUUGUUGCAUGUUUAACGGAAUUGAGAGAUUGCGUAUCUCACACAGCACACUCUGCAAUGAUGUUGAAAGAGAAUGAAACAUUAAACAGUUUAAUGGAAUUUAGAGAGCCCUUAUUGGAUCUUCAAUUAAUUUUAUCACAGGAAUGUACUUCUAGCGAACUUUCGAUGAUACAAGAAAUAAAUUUUGCCAUUGUAAAAUUAAAAAGUGUUGUUAUCACCAUACUGAAAAAAUUUGAAAACCACGAGGUAAUUUCUCAAACAGAAUCAAUUCUCAAAAUAUUGGAAGAUACCGACAAACAAAUAUCAGAAUUAGUGAAACAAUUAUCGGAGACAGAAAUCAUUCAAAAUAUGUUAAAGAAUCUAAAUAUUGAUCAAAGUUUAAGCAAUGUGCACUUUGCUCUAUCAUCCGUUUUAGAAAAGCAAGAAAAGUAUAUAACUUCGUGUCAUUUAAUUACAAAUAUUGAGGCAUUACGUCAGACAAUUGGUUCUUCGGCUGUUACAAUCGCUAACUUAAAAAAUCCAGUUGAUAAUGAAAUAAUUCAAGAAAUUAGCAAACUAAGUGAAUCGUUGUUAAAUCUACAGACAGAUUUAUUAACGGAAAAGCACGAACCACAAGAAGAACAAGUUCUUAAUGAUUUGAUAAAUCCCAUCAGUAUAUUGAAAGAGAUAGUUCACAAUGUAAUUGAGAACAGUUCUUCGAUCGAAUUAAUAGUACCUAUGUUGGAAUUGUUGGAAGAUAUAGAAAAGGAUACAGUUCUUAUAGCGAAAGAAAUAUCAAAGGAAAAGUGUCAAGAAGAAAGUACUACACAAUCUCAAAAAGAAAAUAAAGAAGAAAGAAGUUAUUCGAAAUCCAAUUUGGCUAGUCAAAUAGAUCGUUCUUUAGAUCCUAUUAAAAAUUGGUUAUCCGUUACAUCUGAAGAUGAUACAAAGGAAUAUGAAGAUGAAAUGAAAUCUGCAUUGAGCUCAACAAUCCAAGAAUUGAAAAGAAAUGUGAGUCAAAUUGCUAUUCAAACGUCAUAUUCUGAAUCACCAAGUGAUGACAGUUUGAUAGAUGCAUUGAUUGAUCUUCGAGAACCGUUACUGAGGCUUAAAAAUGCAAUUUCUACAUAUCAUGAACCAGAAGAUCUUUCAAUUUUAAAAAAAUUGGAUUAUCCUAUGAAAUAUCUUUUACAAACUAUCAUGGAUGUUCUUCACGAACAUGCGGAAGAAGAAUCUCUACGGUCGAUAAUAGAUAUCAUCGAACAAAUUAAAAAUCAAAUAUCGCUUUCAGUCAAAGAUAUUCUUCAUCAGCAAGAAUUUAAACAAAAUACUAAAGCAUUUAACGAAACGGAAGAAAUAGAAGAAGAAACUAUUACAGCUUCUCGAGAAACAAUUCCAGGUACUCUUACAGAAGUUGCUUCAACGCCAUUUGAAGCCGAAUCUACUUCAUUACUUACUGAGCAAGCUAUAACAAAAAACAAUUCUAGUGAUGUCGUCUUACAAAUCAUAAAAAACGAAAAACAGGAAAGUGAAGAGGAUGCAAGCAAAUUAAUUAUGAUCUUGUCAGAAACUUUAGAAAAACUACAAUUGGAAAUAACUAAUAUAUUAGAUGAUUUCGAAGAAUCAACAACACAAUCUACUACAAUUUCCCAAUCAAAAUUAGCUAAUUCCAUCGAAGAGUUAAGAAGGACUAUUUCCACAGUACGCGUAAUGAUUGUUUAUGGUGAAAAAACUGAUUUAUUCGAAGAAAAACUUAAUCAGACAACUUUGAUGCUGACUAACUUAAUACAGCCAUUGACAAAUAUACGAAAUCUUCUUUCUAAACCGCACGAACACGAUGUUUCAGAACUCACGAUACUAAAUCGGUUUACUCCGUUGUUGAAUAUAAUAGAAAACAACGUGAUAAGACAGAUAAAAAAUUUUAUCAGUAAAGAUGGAGAUAUAGAAAAGAAAUUUGAACGAAAAAUUUUGGAAUAUCUCUGGGACAUCUCAAAACCAUUGGAAAAUAUUUUAGAACGUAUGAGCGAUCUAGAAAAAGCUGCGGAAGAAACUCUCGAAACUGACGUAGCAAAUAUUUUAGGAAAACCUAUCGCUGCUCUUUUAGAAGAUAUUAAGACUACUAUUCAAAAAGUAGACGUAUUAGAACGGCGAGAACCAUUAAUUCUUGAAUUACGAAAUCUUCUUGAACCCCUAUUAGAAUUUCAUAGUUGUCUUUCAAUGGUACAGAGCAGUCGAAGAAGUUUAGUUCCUGAAGCUUCUUUAUUAGACGAGAGGAGAAGCGUUAUUCUGCGAGCGGUCGAUGGUUUGAGAAAACAAGUUUGUCACACUGUUGAAAUAACUGCAAAUAUGGAAGAACCUUUCUUAUUUAAUGAAUCCUUGACAUUGCUCAAUUCUGCUAUUCUACAAGUACAAAAACAAGUUGGAAAGACAGAUUAUUCGCGCCGAUCUAGUAGUAGCAAUAUUUCUCUUCAGCAUCGACUUACCGGCACAUUAAAUCGCUUAGAUAACGCUAUAAUAACUUUAGAAGAACACGCCGAUAAAAGUACAUAUGGAAUAGUAUCCAAAUGUUUGGAAGCAUUACAAAAACAAAUCUUUUUUGCACAAACGCAAUUCAAUCAAGUUGGUAGUAAAUUAAUUGAUGAAGAAGCUAUUGUAGAAGGCUUUCUUUAUCCGACUAAUCAACUUCUGUCGGCAUUAAACGUUCUGAAAGAAAAUGUGGAGAAAAUACCUUCAGCAAUUUCGUAUAAUUUAAUAGUUCAGCUUCAAGAACUAGCCGACUCUAUUUUAGAAUUAAGUUCUUCCCUAUCGACUCACAGAAUAGGACUUGUUCAAGAAGGUGCUUCUGAAGGAGCACCGAUCAUAGAGACUUUUUCUGCCGUUAUAGAUGUUUUAGAUCACGUGAAAGAUUCUAUUGAUGUCAUAGAAAAAAUAGUUGAACAAAAAGUAAGCGUGAUUAUUACGAAAGUAGAAAGUGUCGUUGAUGAAGUUAUUGAGGUAUCACAAGAAGAAAUUGAGAGUGUAAUGACGAUUACGGAAAUACCGUCAUUUAAAGCAAUAAUUCAAGAAGUUAAUGUUCAAUCUGAAAUUGAAAAUACAUCUACGAUAGCACAAAUACCAAUUUUAGAAAAUCUAGAAGCACCGUUAAAAGAAUUGAUUGAUUUUGUGAAAUCUGCUAAACAAGAAUCUCUGAUUUCAAAAUCUGAAGAAAAUAAGCGGAAAAUACAAGAAUUAACAGCCUUAAUACAAAUUCUUAACGAUCUACAAGCUACAAAUAUUUCUAUUAAGACAGUAAUACCUUCCUCAUCUAUCACUGUCAACACGGUCAUUUUCUUGACUCAUAAAGGAGUAAAACCAGAAUUAAAGGAGAGCAUUAUGGCGUCUUUACCACUUAUCUCUAAAUCUUUAGAUGCUCUUGAAAAUGUAUUAGCAUCUAUAUAUCAAACAAUCGAUAAAGACAAAUAUAUUGAUAAAGAUGAAGAACUAUCUGCAAUUCCGAAAACCUUAAUAUCAUGUAUUAAUGAUACCAUUAAAUCUCUAAAUGAAAUACAAAUAUCAAAAUGUGUUAAUAUUGCUGACGAAAGAGAAAUGGAAAUAUCGAAAAUAAAGGAAGAAGCAAAAGCUAUUGAAGAAACAACUGCGCAACCCCUUGAAGAACUCAUAGAAGCUAUAAUGGAAUCUCAGGAACAGGUAAAAUGUGAUAAGACUUUACUUUUAGAGUCUGAUUUGCCUUCUACGGACAUGAUCGAGUUAAAAGCCAUUGAUAAUUUAAAACUCGUCGAAGCAAAAGCAAAUAAAAUACUUACUGAAGAAAUAGAUGAUUCAAUAAAACAAGGUGCAGACCUAGUAGCAAACAAGGUAGAGACGCCGCAGCAAGCAUUAACAUCUUUAGAGUCCAGUCAAAUCGAAGAAUUACUUCCUGAAAAUAUAAAGAUGAUAAAAUCAAUAGCAGGACCUUUAGAAAAAAUUGAAGAACACAACUUUGCAACGAUUGAUCAACAAAAGUUAGAAUUAACUCAAGUAUCUGAUAACAGUAUAAUUCAGGAAGAACAAAUAAAAGAUGAAACUUUAAAAGCGAUUAUCUCUUCUCUUCAAACAUUGUGUAAAUCAUUUAAUGAAAUUGGAGAAAUUGGAAUUUUAGAAUCUUCCAAUAAGAAAACAAUUAAGUUUUCGGAUUUAACGGAACAGUUACUAAAUUUACAACUUGCAUUGUCAUCUAAAGUUACCGAAGGUAUUAAAAAAAAUACAGUGACAUUACUGAAAUUAUCUGUAAAAGUUUUGGAAGAAUUACAAAUAUCAAUUGCUACAGUUCAAGAACAAAUGGAACUUAAUGCUGUAGCUGAAACCAAUUCGAGUGAAACGUCUAAGUCAUUUUUAGUACAAGCUAUCAUGGAACCAUUAAAAGACUUGAGAAUGUCGAUUGCUUGCAUUCAAUCUGAUUCAACAAUUAUUCAAUUUAUCCAGGAAGAAGCAAAAUUAUCAAAUAUUGAACAGAUCACGAUUUUGCAAAAUCUUGUUAAAUCGGUAGUUCAAUAUGGAGAAAGAUUUAUAUCUAUUAUUAGUCAAAUGAAAAUGGAAUCUGUGCCACCGUUAAAAAUUAUUAAACAAAAAGAGUUGGAUCCAAAAGUUUUACAUAAGACUAUUGAUUCAAUUCAUAUUUUACAAGAAACACUUUCUCAAAUUGAAAACCAUAAUAUUUAUAAAGCUGGAUUAUUAGAAGUGCCAGAACAGAAAAAAGAGAUCGCUCAGUUACGUACAGUGGUAGAUUCUUUAGAAAAAUUGAAACAAUUAUUAAUUAUAGAUACGCAGGAAACUGCAGUCAUGAAGGAGGAAGAACUUGAUGAAAGUCAAAAUUUAUUGGCAAGUGCAAAUUUAAAACUUGUGCUAGAAGAACUGAGAAACUCGAUUAUUUUAGUUCAGGAGCAACCAAUCUUGAAUGAUGUUCCUAUGUUAAAAACAUUGACUGAAGCUUUAGAAAAUCUGAAAUUACCGUUAACAACAGUCGAAGAAAUUGUUGAUCAUACUGAAAAAAGUACUGAAACUGAGAAAGUAUCAAUUAUAUUAUCGUUUGCAAACUCAAUAGAAGAAAUAGCGAGUCAACUGAUGGCUAUAACUAAACAAGAUAUUGAAAAGCAAGCAAUUACUGAAACUUCUCUACUGAAAAUGAUGACUAUUCCAAUUGCAGAGCUGCAAAGUGCAAUACUAAAACUCGAAGAUCAAGUAUCCCAAACAUUGGAAACAAAAGAAUCAACGAAAGCUGUUACUUUAGAAUGUAUGGUACAACCAUUGCAAGAAUUACAGCAAUCAUUCUUAACUGCAUCUUAUGAAGAAACUGUUCUUGCUUUGCAACAAUUGUCAAUCAAACCGAUAUUGGAUAACUUGAAUAAAUCCGUGACAAUAAUUCUAGAUCAAUUGACAACAAUUCAAGAUGUACUUGUGGAUAUGAAUACAGAUGAUUUAGUAACAUUGAAAAACUUUGUUGGAUCACUUAGCAAUUUAAGAACGUCGAUGGUAGUUCUGCAACAAUUGAGUGCAAUAGAAAACGCUGGUCAACAGAUUGUAGAAAUCGAGAAUGCAUCCGCGUUGCAAGCAUUCGAGAAAUCUAUUGAAGAAUUCAAAAAAUGUUGUUCCGAACAGAUUCUAACUAUUGAAGAAACUAAAAUGCAAGAAUCUGAGAUUUUUAAUGUUACAGAAAUAAGGAAACCAAUUACUGUGUUAAGCAGUCUUGUUAGUCCCUUGCAACAACUUGAAAAAUCUUUUGUCGCAACGGUGCAAAAGGAGCAUAUUAUUGAACACGAUACACACCCUCUAAUAACUGAAUCAUCUUUUGUAAGUCUAGAAAAACUUGCUCUACAACCUAUUCUUGAGGAAGUACAAAAGUCUAUUGCUAUUGUACAAGAACACGUGGUAUUAGAAGCAGGAAGUCAAAUUACAUCGAAAGUAGAAACUGAAUCUUUACUGAAAUCAAUCGCGCAGCCUUUAGUGGAUUUGAAAGCUUCUAUCGCAUCCAUUCAGCAAGUAACCGCAGUUGCACCAGAUUUUUUAAAUGAACUUGAACAACAACAAAAUAUUUCGGCAUUGAACACUUUUGCUGAAACUCUUCAUAAUCUGACGGAACGUAUAGCAAUGUGUAAUUAUCAGCAGAUUAUUAUAGAACCUGCGGCAGACACUAUUUCUGAAGAUGUUUCGUCUUUAAGUACAUGGGCAGAUGUAAUCGAUGAAUCUUCUUCAAGAAUUACGCGUCCAAUAGUGAUCGAUCAAGGAACGAUCGAAUCCCCAGUUGAAAUUGUAACAUCGAUGACCGAAGAUGAAACCUCUACGUUGAAAACAUUAGCAAAACCAUUAAUUGAAUUACGAGAAUGCCUAGCGUUGAUUGUUGAAGAACAGAAAACAGUCCAGCCAUAUGAUACAACGUGUUCUUUGUCGGAAAAAGAAAAUAUUUCAUUGAUGGAAACAAUAAUACAACCUCUAUCGGAAUUAAAACAUGCAGCUGCAAUAAUUAUUGAAGAACAAAUGACUAUUGAACGUGCUAAUGAACAUUCAUUUGCCAUCGAUGAUAAAAAUGAAUUUAUUCUUCGUCCUUUAAUAGAACCACUUGAAGAAUUGCGUCAUUCUAUUGCUGUAAUAGAGGAUAAUAUACUAGUUGAAACAUCAACGAAUCAACCGAAGAAUGAUGUCAUAUUAAAUGCACUAGUUGAACCUCUAUUUGAUCUUCAACGUGCUAUAUCUGUUUUAGAAACACGAGUGAUAUCGCCGGAUAUUGAAUUGAUGUCAGAAGAUGCAAACAACUGGAUUACGGAAUGUUUAGCAACUCCUCUGCAUGAAAUAGAAAGAUCAAUUGCUGAUAUUCGACAAUGCAGCAUAAUAGAACCUGAAACUAUAAUUCUGAAAGAGCAAACAAGAACUUUAAUACCAGACUGGUCAAUUAUUGAAAAAUUAAUAAAAUUAAUGAAAAGUAUUAAAUUCGCAAUAUCACGUAUAGAAGGUGAUUCUAUCAAAAUUGAAACUCUCAAGACGAUGGAAAUACCACUUAUUAAUGUACAAGAGAACUUAGUGAUACUAAAAAAUAAAUUUAAUUUAGGUACUGUUGAAGACAGAGAUAGUAUUGAUGCUUUUAUCGAGUCUCUUUCCAAUUUUGAGAAAUGCAUUUUAUUUCUUAAGGAAGAAAUUGUUGAUAAAGCAGUGUCCAAACAAUCAGAUACAAUAGAAAUUGAUACUACGAUAUCCGCCACUCUGAUUACACCAUUAACCGAAUUAAAAUGCUCUAUUGAGACUAUAAAAACAUUGUCAAGCAUACAAGAAAAACCAAAUGCUUCUAAUUCAAUGAUUAAUGCUCUUCAGAGAUUAGAAAAAUCUAUAGCUGUAAUGCGAGAACAGUCAGCUGAUAAACCGUUGGUGGAAUCGCAACAUACAAACUUUGGUGGUCUUUCGAAAAGUUUGAUACCAUGUCUACUCGAAUUACAAGAAUCAAUAGAAGCAACAAAAACGUUAUGGUGUGAAGAAACAAUACUAGAUGGAUUAAUGAUUCUUGAGAAACCAAUUUUAACCAAUGAUACGAAAGAUAAAGAAGAUACGAAGAAACCAGAAAAAAUAGAACAGAAGAAAGAAAUAGAUGAUGAAAAAUUAACGAAGUUAACACAUGAAGAAAAAGUUAAUCAAAUAGAAAAUAAAAAUGAGAAACAAGAGGAAGAGAACUUAAUUCAAAAAAUACAAAAAAUAAAUGAAGGACAGGAAAGCAAGAAAAUUGAAUUAAACGAGGAAACAGAGCAAAGUGAAAAGAGUAUAAAAGAUAAAAAGUUAAAGCAAGAAUGUGAAAAAGUAGAAGAAACUGACGACUUUAAAAGGCAUAAAGGAACUGAAAAAAUGAAAGAAAUUAAAAAUCAGCAAGAAGAAAUGAGUACAGUCAAAAAUGUGAAAAACGAAAUUGAGGAAUAUCUACAGAUUGAAGAGUUAGGAAAGAAAGAAAAAAAGAUUAAAAAAUCAAAACAAAAGGAACAAGUGGAAGAAAUAAAAAAAGAAGAAAAAGAGUUGAACGAGGAGAUGAUAGUAAAAGUAAAGGAAGAAGACAGUAAAGAAAUAAAAAGUGAAAAGGCUGAAAAACUAAAAGAGAAAAAAGAUGAUGCUAGUAAAAAAGGAGAGAUAAUAAAACAAGAAGCAGAAGGGAAAAAGGAUGAAAUAAAAAUAUCGAAGAAAGAGGAUGAAAAACAAAAAGAGACAACCAAGCUUGAAGAAAUGAAAAUAGCACAAGAUGAACAAGUAAAUACUAAGAAAAAUGUAGAAAAGGAUAGGAAUCUAGCCACGCAGGAAACAGAUAAAAUAGAAACAAACACAACAUAA